AUGUCACCAACAGAGCAAGAUAACUAUUCUGAUGUUGGACCUGAGCUAGAUGUAUCUUUGACCCACACAAAUACGACGACCUCAUCUUCAAAAAUCACCCUGGAUCAAACAGCAAUGAGUGGUGUUGAAAAUGACAAGCAACUUAAUGGAGAAGAAGAUUUUGGACUCACCCCUGAUGUAAAAGAUGAAGAACAACCUUAUAAAUCUACACGUUUAACAAUACGACAGUUUCUAAAAAAAGAGCUCAUUGAUGAUUUCCAUCCCUGCUACUUUGUCUCAUUUUUGGGAUGUGGGAUAACGGGUAACAUAUUCUAUGGCUUCCCUUAUAAAGCUCGUUGGCUAGAGGUUUGUGGAAUUAUAUUUUUUUGCAUCACCGUAUUCUUUUUCAUUGUCACAAGUGUCAUGUGUGUUUUGAGUUGUUGGUUCUACCCUCGGCGGAUGGCACUUUACAUCCAUGAUUAUAGUCAUUCGCUAUACUUCGCAGUAUAUUCAAUGGGGUUCAGUACGAUUAUAAAUGGAGUGAAUCUACUAACGCAAGGUCGAUAUCCCAUUUUCUUAUGGGUUUUAUGGUGGAUAGGCGUGGUUCUCGCGGUCAUGAACACGGCAGUCAUAUUCUUCUUUUCAUUCUUGUCGAAAUUCAGUGCUCAUAGAAUUGCCGAUAUUAAUGCCAGUAUCUUUAUGCCGGUUGUUUGUUGUUGCGUUGUCUCUUCACCUGGCCAUCUUAUUGCUCCUGAAUUGGAAACACGCAAUCAAAAGAUCAUCACUGAGGUAACUGCACUCAUGUUGUUUUUCAUAUCGAUUAUGCUUUUUCAUGGAGUUGGUGCCAUUUUCAUGGUUAGAUUGAUUCUUUGCAAAAUACCAAGCACGUCACAAAUUUUCACGCAGUUCUUACCAAUUGGUUUUGUUGGUCAAAGCAGUUACAGUAUAAUGCUAUUUGGUAACAACAUGUACGAUUUUAUUCCAGACGAUGCAUUAGCUAAAGCGUUUUUGGUUCCAUCAGCAUUAGGUGCAUAUCUUCUAUUAGCAGGAGGGUACAUUUAUUUAUUCAUUGCUAUUGCAUCCUGUAUGUCCAAAAGCUCUCCAUUUGCCAAGAACCAUGACCCUGACUGGACAACAAAGAGAUUUGGCUUGAUCAAAUGGAAUAAAGGUUGGUGGACAAUGACUUUUCCGGUUGGUACAAUGUCACUUGCAAACAAUGAAAUAUCCAAAGGUGUUGCAGGUUAUAAUUUUUUAUUUUUUAAAGUCAUGAGUGCUAUAAUUGGCGCCUCAUUAUUCAUUAUUUGUAUUAUUAACUUGAUUGGAUUGAGCUAUUGUAUAUGGGAAAGGUUUUACAAAGCAUUUUUUAUUAAAGAUCACAUUGACAAAGUAAAUCAGAAAGUAUAG